AUGAAUCGACUGUUUGGUAAAAAAAAUAAAACUCCGAAGCCCACACUGGAGGACGCCAGCGUUCGUCUUAAUACACGUAGUGAGGCCGUUGAUGCCAGGGUGAACAAAAUUGAUGCAGAGCUUAUGAAAUUGAAAGAUGCAAUUCUUAAGACAAGUGGGACAACCCAGAUGCGGUAUAAGCAGCGCGCCAUGCAGCUGCUACAGCAGAAGCGCCUGUACCAAAACCAGCAAGAUAUGAUGAUGCAGCAACAGUUUAACAUGGACCAACUCCAAUUUACGACGGAGUCGGUUAAGGACACCAAAGUGCAGUUGGACGCCCUGAAGGAGGCGACGAAGGGUCUUAAGCGGGAAUUUAAGCGGGUGGAUUUGUCAAAGAUUGAUAAUAUGCAGGAGGAAUUGCGUGAUCUGUACGAAGACACACAGGAGGUUCAGGAGAUCUUGGGCCGCGCCUACGAUGUGCCGGAGGACAUUGACGAGGACGAGAUGAUGGGGGAGUUGGACGCACUUGCAUUUGACAUGGAAAAGGAACCCGACCCGAGUUACCUUGCCGAUGCCCUCGCCACACCGGGCACAAAGUUGCCGGAAAUACCCGGAAAAGAGAAACCGCAGAAUGAAAAUGAAGAAACAGUCGACCCGUAUAGUCUGGAGACACAGCUGGGUUUGUAA